AUGUGGACCCAGACCGAGAACAUGUGCAAAUUGCGUCCAGGACUCGCUAACUUCAAGAACCUCAAACCCAGGGUCUCGCCAGGACCCUGCGCGGAGAGCACAGCACAGCUUUUGGAGGCGUGGGAACCGGAGCCGUGCGCCCCUCCUCCCCGGCUGGGCGGAGCCAGGCCCCGCCAGCAAAGUGUCCCGCGCUACCUUGCCCGGCUCUCGACGCCUUGCCCCUUCCCAAACCAACUCGACGAGCCGGACUCGCCGCGGCAACCUGCGGUAGCAGGAGGCCCCGGACUUCCCGCUAUCGCCGCAGCCGGGGCGGGCAGGGGCGCCCGCGGCGCUCCGGAGCCCUCUCGGUCGCCACCGCCGGGCGGCAUGGAGGCCCACGGGGACCGGGAGGAGCUGGCCCCGCUGCGCUGGGUCUUCACGGCCUGCGACGCGAACCGCUCGGGGCGGCUGGAGCGCGAGGAGUUCAGCGCGCUGUGCGCGGAGCUGCGCGUGCGACCUGCCGACGCCGAGGCCGUGUUCCAGCGGCUCGACGCCAACCGCGACGGCGCCAUCGCCUUCCAGGAGUUCGCGCGCGGCUUCCGCGGGACCCACCGCAGGGAGCGGCGCCGGGGUGGGGAGCCGCGGGAGGCAGCGUCCGCAGCGGCCGAGGCGGGGCCCGACUCCUGGGACAGCGAGGAGGACGCGGCGACGGUGCAGGGCGCUCCGUGGGGCUCGGCGAGCCCCUGCCGGGCUUGGCAGGACUUCCAGGAGCGACUCGGGGACGAAGCCAAGUUCAUUCCCAGGAGCAAGCCUUGGGACCAGGCCACCUUGGUACAGUGACUGUUUUAGCUCCACUUUAACUCUGCAGCUGGGACAGCAGCCCUGCAUCCAUAGCUCUGCAUGCUGGACUGUGCCAGGGAUCCAUCCUGGGAGCCACAGCUUUCCUGAAACCACACAGGCAUUGGGGGAAGAAUUCGGGUCUUAGAACUUGGAGAAGCAACCAUUGGUGGACAGGAACAAGGGGGCACUAUACCAGCGUCUGCCCCAAGGAGCGCUGCAGGCCAUUCACGCAUCAGCGCUGGCUCUGCCAUGCCUCUCACCUGCACUACCCCCGCAGCAUGGAAGAUGUGGUGGGUGGUCCAUGUGCCGGCACUCAGCUCAUGCUGGGCUACUUGCAGGAGCAUGGCUUCACCGAUCCCAUCCUCAUCCCCCAGAAAGAUGGGCUGAGCCUGGCCAUCCUGGCCCCACCUUCUGCAUCAGCCACAUCAAGAACUACAUGGGUAAGUGCCCUCUCUUGGCUGUGGGGGCCCAGGGCCUGCUUUUAGACCCCCAGGCUAGGGUGGCCUUGGGGACUCAAUCCCAGAAUGCUCUCGCUGCCUCCAAGUUUGGGGUGGGGAUGGAAAUGACUGCAUGUGGGUUUCAGGGAGCAGAGCUGGGUAUGAUGGUCUGUGAAAGGUGCUCAGCCAUGCUCCGAUUACGCUGAGAAUUAUACAUGGCCUCCUAAUAAAGUAGUGUGUGAGUCUGGCCAGCCCCUUCCCCUUCCAGGUCCCUUGAUUCGGCUAAUCAUAUAUUCCACCACCACUGGUUGUCCUCUGACCCUGUCAUGCCCGGGGAGUCCUGGAGGCCUAUGUCCUCUUCCACGAGGUUGGCAGGUUCUGCAGUCUCCUUCCUGGCCCAUCCUCUUAGCCCAGAUCCUGCCUUCUCCAAAGCUUAGUUGUUCUGCAUUCGGUCUGGGUCCCAUGAGCAAGUGAUGUCAUUGGCAGCUCACCAUCUCGUGUUCCAUUUCCAGCUGCUAGUGCUUUGGACACAUGCAGGAUAUUCCUGGGGUGUGUUAGGGGGUGACCAGCAGGGCAGCCUGUCACGGAGAGGCCAGCAUUCCCACCAGUGGCCAGAUGGCCUGUGCUUUGGUGCCCUCACUGUUGCUGGGGCUCCUGGUGCUCGUGGGAGAUAUCGCACGGCCAGUGGGGGAGGAAGGAAAACCCUGAAAAGGAAAACAUUCUGUCCAGCCCUGGGUCGCUUGUCUGACAGGUGAAGACACAGCUCUGACAAUCUAAGUUUGACUCUCUUCAUCUGUCAACCCCAUGCAGGGGUGUGUUCGUACUAAGGGUCUAGAUAAGCUGCUAGGAAAACAGUAGGCCGUCUGCACAGGGGCCAUCAGUAUUCCUGAGACCCUUCACAGUUGCCAUCCCCAUUUCAGCUGCAGAUGGGUCCCCACUCCUUCUCUGGUGCCACUUGUCCUCCUCCAGGAACAGCUCUGGAGCAGAACAGAGCAGGGUUAUCGACUUGCUGCAACAACGGAGAGCAACACCAUGGGGGAUAUAGGGCAUCUCAGAUGAGAUGUUAGAAAGGGCUUUUCCAAUACAGGUAUUUUAGGUUAUUUGUUUUUCUUAAUCCUUUGUUUUAAUUGAAAUGUGUUUUUUUUUUUGUUGUUUGUUUUUAAAUUUUUUGAUAUAUAAGGUUUAACAAAAAGGAAAAGAAUGCCUUGUUGCAGAAUCUGGGCUGGAAAUAGGUGAUUUGGGGUGCCUCUGAGGAAGCGAGGCUGUGCUCUGUAUUGGAUGCCCUCAGCAAGUGGAGUAAUUGUUUGGGUAUCAUAAUGAUGCUCAUCCAGCAGGAGGGAAGACUUGAGUGUGGUUCCAGCCAUGGUUGGUAAAGGAGCAGUGGCCAUGCACGUGAGCCAUGAUGGGGAUGCUGGGUCCUUUGUUUGGCUUGUCUAGUCCUCGUGUCAUCUGUUUUCAGACAUGAUAAUGGAGGGUCUUGUUUUUGUCUUUCUCCAUUGUGGUGGCCACAGACUGGCCUUGUCUGGGUUGGGCCCGUGAGAUGGCUGUCAGCAAGACAACACGGAGGCUAGGCCCUGGCUGUCAGGGCUGCUUCUCCCUUUCUCACACUGAGACUCACUUUUUCAGUGGGCAGAUGCCCAUGUUCCCCAGGCCUGUGGCAGUAAUGAUGAUGGCUAAUAUUUCUAGGAGACGUGUGAAGCACCUGGCAGUUUUCUAAGCUCUUCACACAUGUGAACUGAUUUCAUCUUGGUCACUGACUUGGGGGGUGGGGACCCUGCUCAGCCCCUGAGGCUUCAGGCCCUUCAGCCACCAGUGGCUGGGCCAGGGUGGCAUGUGCUCGCCCCAUCUCCACCACGGCUGGCCCUACGGUACAGGGGAACACCUUCUUACAUCAGGGAAGAAGCGACUCGAGGCUUUUAAUUUUUACUUUCUUUCUUUUUCCUCUCAAUUUUACUUUUUAUUAUGGAACUUUUCAAACAAGGAGGGAAAUAGGCAGUGAACCCCUUUGCACCCUCACCAGGAGCUGAGGCCACCAGUUCCCUGCCAUUUUGCUGCCUCCCCUAGCUUUUAUUUUCCCUUGGAGUAUUUUAAAGCAGAUCUCAGGUGCAUACAUCAUUUCACCUAUAAAAAAACCUGGUAUACUUUUAAAACUAUAAUCACAAUUCCAUUCUCACACUCUAUGACAUAAUGAUAAUUUCAUAAUGUCAUGUGAGACCUAGCAUAAUUCUUUCCAGUAACUUCAAAAAUAUCUUUUUUGCCUUUAGUUGUUUGACUCAGAAUGCAAACAAGAGCUGCACACCACGUUUGUUUUUAUCUUUCUUUAGUCUCUUUUACGCGCUAAACACCUCACGUUAUUUUUCAAAUAGUGCGUUAUUUGUAGCAGGUUGAUUUGCAGCAAAAUUGCUCAGAAAGAACAAAGUCCCCGAUUUCCCAUUCUCCAGCCCCUUCGUCCCUCCCCCCAAUUAUUAAACAGUGUCCCCGAUUAUUAAGUUUUUACAUUAGUGGGGUACAUUCAUUACAAUCAUGACCCAACACUGAGACAUUAUUAUAAUUAAAGCCCAUAGUUUAUAGUAGGGCCACUCUUCGCAUGUACGGUGCUGUGGGUUUGACAGGUGCCGAACGUCCUGAUGUAACAUUGUGGUUUUAUGCAGAAUAGUUUCACUGGCCUAAAAAUGCCCUGUAUUCCCAUUCUUGUUGCUUUCCCUUUUCCCUGAAAUCCGGGGCAACAUCUGAUUGUUUAAUCAUAUGCCCCUGCCUUUCUUCAUUCCAUUGAUUUCUUGGGAAAACAGGAUUUUCAUUCCCACACACUGGAUUUGGUUGACGGCUUCCCUGUGGUGUCCUGUUAUUUCCUGCAAACAGGCAGUUAGCGGCUUGGUUGGAUUGAUGUUGAUGUUUCAGGCAGAAUUCUGUCACGGGCUGGAUGCUUCCUUCCAUUAGGAGGCCCACGGGACCCCACCACCCUCUCUCAGGGAUGUCAAGAUGGGUCCCUGGGCCAGUGGCCCAGCCUCCCCUGUCCACAGAGUCCCCGUCAACCUUUCAGGCAUCACGUAGAGCAGCCGUCAAGGAUCCUUGCCGAAGGACUGUCCCCUUCUGUCUUUCUUCUUGUAAAAAGAACUUUCCCUCCUUUUUCAUUUAGCUGUUCUGAGCUUUCUUUCCUCAGCAGUUUUUACCCUGAAGUUGUCUUCAUCAGCUGCAGAAAAUGCAGGAUAAGUGCUUUUUCCUUUAUGUACCAGUUUACCCAUUUUCAGAAUAAUGAGUCAGUGCCCUAGAAUUGCAGGGUAUUUUGAAAGAUUUUAACUGUAUGUCCCCUGCAUUAUUUCAGACACACUUAACAGAAAAAAAAAAAAAAAAAAA